GGAGCGCGCGGGCGGGCCGGCUCCGCGCGGCGCGCCGCAGUCCGCGCGACGUCCCGCUGCCGGCUCGUUGUGUGUCUCGCCGCGCGCUGCUUUCGACACGCGAUCGCCUUUGUUUAUUGUUGGACGCGCGCUCCUACAGCUGUUUCCAGUGCUGCAACGCGACAUACCGCAGUGCUAUAAUUUACAGUGAUUUAGUUAUAUGAGUGCACUUCUUGUGGUGUUUCUGUGAGCCGUGAGUGUCGAUGGGCUUACGGAGUGGCCCUAGAGCUGUCGGUGCGGUGUGUACCUAUAUCUCUGCCUAGGUCGCGGGCGGUGAGCGGCUCGGCCAUGGCGGCCACGGCCCGCCGGGAGAUAGACACGGGCGAGGAGGACAUAGCCGCCAUCGCUAAACAGAUUUCUGACCAUGCUGAAGCCAUAUACCAGACCUGGAAGGCGCGCGGCCUUGCACCGACCGAAAUAUUGUCGUGCAGACCAACGCCGGGACUCAAGCUGGCAGAAAGCCUUAGGACGAAACCCAGGCCCGAACCGAAACCCGAAAUAAAACAGAGACCCGAUAUUAGAAGAGAUCAUCGUCCGGACGCCGCCCGGGACCAGAGACCGGACGUCCGAAGAGAGCAGAGACCUGACCAAAGACGCGAAAGAGUCGAGCCCGAGGGAGAGACCAUAGAGGUGAUGCUUCCUCCUGACUUGGUGCCCGAGAGAAACGGCACAGCAGGCGCCGGCGCCGGUGCUCGGCGAGCAGACCCCGCGGCCAUGCGGCUAGAGGUCGCGCUGGAGGAGGAGCGCCUGCUGAGGGCUCUGCGCACCGGCGGCGUGGUGGCCGAGCGCACAGCCGAGCGCCCGGACGUGGUUCCGCCGCUGUCGCUGGUGGACUACGCCAAGAGCAGAUACCAGGACCGGCUGGAGACCGGGGCCCGCAAGCCGGCGGCCGGCGCCAGUGGCGAGCGGCGCGCCUCGCUGGGCUCGCACGUCACGGAGGCGCGCACCAAGUUCGAGGCGCGAGCCCGCCGCGCGUCCAGCGCCGGCGCCGGCGAGCCCGCCUCCGCCGCGGGAGCGACGCCCGUGCGCCCUUUCCUCACGCGGGGAUCGGUCGCUGAGCGGGUGCUUAUGUUUGAACGAUGUCCCAGUGAAGCCACACUUGAGCUGGCCAAGAGGAAGUCGCCCGCAGCCACAACUUGGCGAGGACCGCACGAUGUCAUCAAUAGAGCACAGAGCUACGCGGCGUCCACACCGCCGAAGCCGUCAUCAGCGCCUGCGCACACCACCCUGCAGCGCAGCGUGCGCGGCGCAGCCAGCAGCGGGGCGCCGGCGCGCGUUAUCCCGCGCUUCCACUUCCCCAAGGGCCGGCCGCCGCCAGGACACCAGCAGGACCACGCCCUACACAAAGUGCAGUCGGCAUUCGCCACCUUCCCUAAUAGUCAGGUCCCCCGCGACAGUUUCAAGCACAUAGUGAAGGCGUGCGAGUGCCCGCUGUACUGGAAGAUGCCGUUGUUCCUCGCCACGCAGCAGAACCUACACGUACCAGUCGACGGACACAAGUUCAUCGAUUUCUGGAGAGAAAUGACGUCACAGUGCCACGACAUGGCUUCCCGUUUCGUGUACAUCCUGACGCGGGGGAAGAGCAAUACUCUGGCGCCGGAGGACUUCGUGCCGCUGGUGCAGGACGUGGUGGACACACACCCAGGACUGUCCUUCCUGAAGGAGGCUACUGAGUUCCACUCUAGAUACGUGCAUACUGUGAUUGCUAGGAUAUUUUACUGUGUCAACCGGACCUGGUCGGGCAGGAUAUCGAUCCCGGAGCUGAGGAGAUCGAACUUGCUUCAAGUUAUACAGCUGUUGGAAGACGAAGAGGAUAUCAACCAAGUUACACAGUACUUUAGUUAUGAGCAUUUCUACGUGAUCUACUGUAAAUUCUGGGAGCUGGACAGAGACCACGACCUCUUCAUAGACAAGCACGACCUCGCUCGGCAUAAUGAUCACGCGCUAUCCUCGCGUAUGAUCGAGCGCGUGUUGUCUGGGUGCGUGACGCGCGGCAACCAGAACCGCGUGACUCCGGACGGCGAGCCGCGCAUGUCCUACACUGAGUUCGUGUGGUUCCUGCUGGCUGAAGAGGACAAGACGCAUCCCACAGCUAUCGAGUACUGGUUCAGAUGUAUGGACGUGGAUGGCGACGGCUACAUCUCGAUGUACGAGCUGGAGUACUUCUACGAGGAGCAGAUGCAGAGGAUGGAGGCCAUCGGCAUCGAGACCCUGCCCUUCAACGACUGCUUGUGUCAAAUGCUGGACAUGGUGCACCCGGCGGUGGAAGGCAAGAUAACGCUCUCAGACCUGAAGCGCUGCAAGCUGACGCCGAUCUUCUUCGACACGUUCUUCAACUUGGAGAAGUACCUCGACCACGAGCAGCGCGACCCCUUCGCCACGCAGCGAGACUCCGACUGCGAGAUGUCAGAAUGGGACAGAUUUGCAGCAGAAGAAUAUGAACUCCUGGUGGCGGAGGAAGGCGGCAGCGACGCUCAGGACCAAAUCUCGUACGAUGAGACAGAUGAGGACUGUCUGUCGCCGAACCUUGACGACAUCACCAACACCGAGGCGGUGGAGGAGUCCAGCGUGGAGGAGUCCACGCUCAGCGAGUGCGGGGCCCCGGCCGCGCGGGCCCGCGCCCAGCCGCGGCCUGGCCCUGGGCCUGGGCCUGGCUCCGGGCCCGGCUUCGUCAACCUCAGCUCCAUAUACUCCAUCGGCGGCGAGCGCUGGGCUAACAACACCAACACCCCCGCCAAUAACGGUGUUACCGACAAAAAACUACCCGAAAAGCCUGUCCCACCAGAAAAACCCGUCAGCCUCAUGAUGGUCAAUGGCAAAAUGGACAAUAGGUACGCAGGCUUCGGCAACAACAGCUUUCUGUACUCACAGCUGUUGGGCGCGAGUGGAGCUCGCGCUAAGGACCCGCCCUCCUACUCCGUGGCCACCAGCGCCGGCUUGUUCGACAAGGCGGCAGAACAGAAGAAGAUCACGUCACCAGUUAAAUCACCCGUCACGAGCCCUUUAAAUGGGGUGAAUAAAAUUUCUGAUAAUUACGAGCGUGCGGUGGCGGAGAGGCUGAGCCCACAGCGAGAGAUCUCGCGGCUGAACCGCAGCAGCCUGUUCAGCAAGGUGAACACGGGCGUGGUCUCCAGCAAGGUCAAGAAGAAAGCCGCGCGCGACGAGGACGACGAGGACUACGCGCGCGACAGCGAUGAGUGCUCCAUUUAGGACUCGCUAACACAGUGAUGUUGCCAUAUGCAAUAAUAUCAAACCGUUUAUUUCAGUGAACACCAAAGAUACACGAUGAACGUGCAAUUCGUGAAAACGAUAGAUACCUUACCUUACCUGAUAUCAAAUUUAGAAUAGUGUGAAGUAUUGUCUCAGCCGUUAUUCCAAACAGAGAAAUAUUUUUUCAGCGUAUCCUAGUGGUAUACGUGCCUUGUGUCAGUUUAGCGAGUGUAGACGAUGGGCUCGGCCGAGCGGGUUAGUCUGGACUACGACUAAAGUGCAUUAUCCUCGAUAUAAAGAAACUCUUCUAUGGACCUUGUGUUAGUAUCGCGUAGACUAGUUUCAGCAUUUUAUUAGCGUAGUAUUUAUGUAUGUAUCGUUAAUUUAUGUCUCAAAUUAACCAUAUCAAUCAAUGGUAUGAUUUUGUUUGCACAGAAUUUUAUGUGUUUUGAUUGUAAAUUAUGUUGAUUAUACUAAAGUUAUUUUUGGGCAAUCGUGUUUAUAUGUGGACGAGUUGGUAACUAGUCCUCAAAGAGGCAAUCUUAUCUCUUCUAUAUCAAAUUUGGAUAUAGCCCGAAAUAUUAACUGCUGACUAAAGCUAUGUUCACACAUAAGCACGAUUAAUUAAUGAAAUGUUAAAUUAGACCCUUGUCAAGUAACAUCAUGUAUUCGUCACCUAGAAAUACCAAAUCAUAUCAUUCCUCCAUCCACGUCAUCUUACGAAUAUUAUAGAAAGAAAUUGGUAUUACAACGCCGUCACUAAAAUCAGUCGUCCAUAUACUUAGCUUUAUUUAUUUAUUUAUCAUGACAAAAAGUCAUUAUGAUAAACACGCACAGAUUAAUUUAGAAUAGUAGAUAGAAAUAUUUUUGAUAAGGGUUGGCCUCCAGUCCUGCAUCUACCUUCUUUUUCGAAGUAUUUCAUAAAACGUCGUUUGUAAAGUAUUUGACAUAGAUACCAGAGUUAGGAUUCACUCUGACGAGUGAGGAGUAUCGUGUAGGAAUUGUUUUAUUCGAUCAAAUUCGAAGCUUAAAUUAAAUUUACCUUUUAAUGAAAUCGAUAUCAAAUUAGUAUUUAAUUUGAUAUGUUGAUUGUCAUUUGUCAAUGACGUGAAGUGAGUCUGCGGACCAUAGGGAAGGUCUUAUGAAGCCUGUAUCGGCAUAAUGAGUGUAGGAAAAUAUAGCGAGGGCAGCUGUAUAAAUAUAAAGCUUGUAGGUAAUGCUAGGUAGAUUACGUUGUUCUCUAGUCUACAGGUGCUGUACGAGCCAACUGACGAUCUGCCGCUGCGACGUGGAACUGUUCACUCAAGUCUUCGAAUCAUGUUUGACACAGCCAAAGAAUCGGUUGUUAGAUUUUAUAAUCGCCUAAAGUACUGAGUUUUAUUGUUCUUGGAUUUUAUAUAUUUCAGUUAUUAUUUAAUAAUUCUCGUAGUUAAUGCUAAGUUAAAUGAGAAUUUCAGUAAUAUUUUAAUGUUAGUAUCGAUUUGUAACGAUUUUAAAUCCAUUGUUUUGUAGUUUCAAAAACUUGAUGUAUGUUACGUACAUGUAAAAAUUGUGCCUCAUUUAACAUACGUUACGAGGGGUAAAAUGGUAACUGUAAACCCUUGAAUUCACCCGUACCUACCUAUCCUGAAGCUUCACCAUAAUGUUAAGACUAGUCAUUUCCUCGUAAAUCACUUCUAUUUACAACCCUCACUGAACUAAUUUUACCAAGUAUUAACCAAAACGAUUGUUCACAUUUUUUAACAAAUUUUAUUAAUAUGUUGUGUACUGUUAUAUUAGAAUAAUUUUAUGAGGUAUGUUUAAAUACCUACCAGUUUUGAGCUUAGCUGUUUUCAAGUUGGAGUAAUUUAGUUAAUUAAUUUAGGUUAGGUAUGUAUGGUUAAGUUACCGGAUUUUUAAGGUAAUUUCUUUGUGGUAAGAGUGAGUGUCGCGGUGUUCUUUGUAGUCGUUACAUGAGUUGGGUAAAAGUCGAGUUUUAAAUGUUUUAGUCAAUAAUCAGAUCUUUGUAAAUUGUAAUGUUCUAUCUGACUAUGAUUACAAACUUUUCUGAGCAACUUCUCAGCCAUGUUCCGUAAUAGUGCCAUUGUUGUUUCAAACAUAUAACUGUUCUUUGAACUUUCAAUUAGUAACAAGUGACUAAUAAUAAUGAAAAUAACAUGAAAUCUACAAUAAUGAUGACCUCCACGUAAUUUAAUUUGCAUUUGAACUAUAUAUUGUUAAACCAGUUUAUGUACGUAUUUGGUACGAGUGGAUUUUAUUAGAUACGUUCCUAAGAAGCCUAAUAAUAUUAGUAGGUUCAUUUCUAAAUAAAUGAACAUAGAUACAAAAUUGUAACCCUAUUAUUAAGAUCUUCUUAAUUUACAAUAGGUAGGUACGAUAUUUCUUUUUUAUAUUAAUCGGUACCGGUCUAAAAUAUUUUAGUGUGCAUAUUAAAUUUUUUUAGACGCAAUUAUUAAUAUUAUUUUCACUAUUGUCAAUAUAAAUGCACAGUUGUAGACUGUCAUUAACAAAUUAGUUCAAUAACUUAGUGCCGCGAGAUUAAUCACAAUGAAAAUUGUAUAAAUAUAAGAUUUUUUACAGACAUUAGUGGUGACAAUGAAAUGGUGUGUUAACAUUAAUAAACGAUGACAGACCUAUUGUUAAGUCUCCUAAUAAAGUACAUUAAUGUAUUUCA